AUGCCAGCUGGCUCGGUUGCAGAACUGCAACAGAAACUGUUGAAGCGCAUAGCCGUCGACUCACCGCCACUUAAACAACAUGGGGGAUUUGCAAUGCAGAGAUAUCGUGGCUCAUCUCAGUUCCUCGCCCGCAAGGAAAAUCGCAGGCUCCAAAGAACGCAGAGAAAAUCUCGGAGGCACUCCAAGCAUGCUUCCAAGCAAGUGAUGCGAGAAAAGGAUCUCAGUUCUCCACCUGGUUCAGUCCCUCAAUCGUCUUCAGUACCUCGAGCUUUGAUAUCCCAGUUCUCAGCGACGGACCAGGUUGAUGACACAUCAGCAGACAAUGGCAAAGCCAUCGACUCGGAGUACAGAAAUGAAGAACUGAAUAAGUGGGAGGAUUCAUCUGGUGAAGAACCAGCAGCUACAACUACCAAGACUACAGAACGAGGAGGGAUAUCGAAGACACACUUUCAGAAAUUAGCCCAAGAUGACGCCGAGAUUGAAGAAUUUGAGAGGAAGCUUGGUAUAAAAAAGGGUCGUCGAUUUCUACCACAAUCGUUUAAGGAAGACGGCCUCGAUCAAUUGAUUGGCGAGUCCAGCGAGCAUAUUGCCUGCAGCGAGGACAAUACAAAGAAAUGGAAAUCUGUCUAUGAUGACUGGUUGUCUUCAAAGAGGAGGAAGACAGAAUCUAAACCUGUUUUAGAACCCGUGGCCGAUCGCCUGUCUAGGGAGGUAUCUCUGACCCAGGAUAUGACCGAAAGCGUUUCGCUCAGUUCGUCUGAUAUGGAAGAUUCCGCUGCUUAUGGUGAGAAUAAGCUUGAUUCCGUCUAUGACGGAGGCGCCGAUAGUCGUGGUGGAAUGUCAGAUUUCGACGAAGACGGCGCCGCCAGUGUGUUUAAUUCCAACAAAAGUGUAACGGGAAAUUCCAAACAACCGCAGAGGGAGAAUCCUUACAUCGCACCGACCAGCGGUGUAGUGACUGCGAAGUAUAUUCCAUUGUCACGACGCCAUGAAAAUAAGGGAUCAGAGAAGCAAGCUCAGCCUCAGCUGCAACGACAGAUACGAGGCCUCAUCAAUCGAUUGACGGAUGCCAACCUAAUAUGGAUUGUACGAUCUGUCGAGGAUAUAUACCAAACAAAUGCCCGUGCGGAAGUCACUGAGAUCCUUACUGAUGCCAUUUUAGCACAAAUGCGCAAGCAAGAAAGUCUCCCUGACCAAUUCUUCGUGCUAGUCGGCGGUUUUUCUGCUGCGGUUUACAUGAACACGGGUUGCAGCUUUGGAUCACAUCUCGUACAAAAUAUAAUCAAGGAGUUUGCUGAAUAUUAUGGCCAAGCUUCGGAACACGAUAGUAAACAGCAAGCGCUAAAAAAGGAACCUUCGAAUUUUCUGACUUUUCUCACGCAGCUAUAUGUCUUUGAGGUCGUCAGCUGCAGGAUUCUGUUCGACUACAUGGAAAAGUUGUUAGACAAUCUCUCCGAGCUGAAUGUUGAACUACUCCUUAAAGUCUGUCGAAUGGCUGGAAGGCUAUUACGAAGAGACGAUCCUCAGGCGCUCAAGCACGUUUCAAACGUUUUAAUCUCUGCCGUUCACAACGUCGGUUAUACGAAUGUCUCGGCACGCACAAAAUUCAUGGUUGAAACAAUCCAGGACUUGAAGAAUAGCAAGCCGCGUGCUAGGGGAACGGACUCUUCCAUCGUUUCCGAGCAUGUUCUUCGUAUGAAAAAACGCCUUGGUGAACUCAAAUCACAGUCAAAACGACUAGAUGGUCUGGCACCAAUGGGUAUUGGCCUUAAAGAUACUGAAAGUGUGGACAAGCACGGAGAGUGGUGGCUAGUAGGCGCCAGUGUUCCGACCUACCGUGAUGCUGAGGAAAGAGCGCAGAUGAUCUCUCAAGCAGUGAGUCACGACCAAGACGCAACGGACGAUGAGGACAUGGAUUUUAUUUUGCCAGAUUAUCCAAGCAAGGCAAGGGCACAAGGCCUCUACACAGGUGCCCAGAUCGCCGUAUUUACCGCCAUUAUGUCGGGCCUUGACUCCGAACAUGGCUAUCGCCAAUUUGUGGAUCUGAAGUUGAGGAAAGAUGAGCAACUUGAAAUAACCAAAGUUUUGGUACAAUGUGUUGGGAGCGAGCCAGACUACAAUGAGUAUUACGCCUUGCUAGGGGAGCAAGCUUGCGCGAACAGCCGGAUAAGAUUCGCUUUUCAAGAUCGUAUGUGGAAAAUAUUUCGAAGUUUAGGCGAAUCCCUAUUUAGCGAAGGAUCAGAAGUCGAGGCGAGUACGGAGGGGGAAAAGCUCAAAAACGGACAUCGACUGGGCAACAUUGCUCGGUUUUACGCAUCACUUGUGGCUAAAGGUGCCCUCAGUAUCAGCAUCCUCAAACCCAUUAACCUAUCAGAGCUAAACACUUGGUCCUCCUUGUUUGUGGAGUUGUUUCUUCUGAGUCUCUUACGGCACUGCAGAGGGAGACAGGGUAGUGAAGAUCUGAAGGUGGACCGUGUCUUUAGCCCUGCAAGCGGCUUUCCUGCUCUCGCAACCAAUUUGCACUGGUUUCUAAGGGACGAAAUCCGCAAGUCAAAGUAUAUAGGUGAAAAGGAGACCAAGGCGAUACACCGGGUGAGAAAGAAGGCACAAGCCGUUAUUCGUGGAUCAGAAGCGGUGAGAUAG